AUGUCGAAGAUUGGGCAGAGAGGGAUUCACUACUUACAGAGACUCAGUUCCGCUUCGUUCACGAGCGUCUCUGCUUCUUCGAUAGAGAAAGGGCAAAAUCGUGUAAUUGAUGCUUCGUUAACUCUCAUUCGUGAAAGGGCUAAACUCAAAGGAGAGUUAGUGCGUCUUUUAGGAGGAGCUAAAGCUGCAACAUCUCUUCUUGGAGUACCACUUGGUCACAAUUCUUCUUUCCUUCAAGGUCCUGCUUUUGCUCCUCCAAGAAUCAGAGAAGCUAUUUGGUGUGGUAGCACAAACUCAUCCACUGAAGAAGGGAAGGAGCUAAAGGAUCCACGGGUUUUAACUGAUGUUGGCGAUGUUCCAGUACAAGAGAUUAGAGAUUGUGGGGUUGAUGAUGAUAGAUUGAUGAAUGUAAUAAGUGAAUCUGUGAAGCUUGUCAUGGAAGAGGAACCAUUGCGUCCGCUUGUUUUAGGUGGAGACCAUUCGAUAUCUUAUCCCGUUGUGAGGGCGGUUUCUGAGAAGCUUGGAGGACCUGUGGACAUUCUUCACCUUGAUGCACAUCCUGAUAUAUAUGACUGUUUCGAAGGCAACAAGUACUCUCAUGCAUCUUCUUUUGCUCGUAUCAUGGAAGGUGGUUAUGCUCGGAGGCUUCUACAGGUUGGUAUCAGAUCGAUAAACCAAGAAGGACGAGAACAGGGCAAGAGAUUUGGAGUAGAACAGUUUGAGAUGCGAACCUUCUCAAAAGAUCGCCACGUUUUGGAAAAUCUGAAACUAGGGGAAGGUGUGAAGGGAGUGUACAUUUCGAUUGAUGUGGACUGUCUCGAUCCGGCGUUUGCGCCAGGAGUGUCUCAUAUUGAACCAGGAGGUCUUAGUUUCAGAGAUGUGCUCAACAUUUUACACAACCUUCAAGCAGAUGUGGUUGGAGCUGAUGUGGUUGAGUUCAACCCGCAGCGUGAUACUGUUGAUGGCAUGACGGCUAUGGUCGCGGCUAAGCUUGUUAGAGAGCUAGCAGCUAAAAUCUCGAAAUGA